GUAACUUAGUCGGUGUUUGAAAGAAUCAACGUCUCCUGACAGCACAAAGAAAUUAUUGUAUACUUAAGAAUAAUUAGCCAGAGGCUUUACUGUUUAGUACUAGGCUCUGUUCAUAUUGAGAGUUGUUUUGGUUUUGCGGCAAUUUUGUAAGUAUAGAAAAAAAUAUUGUAUUAACUUGUCCAGUAGGAAUAUUAUCCCAAUAACAAUGUCAUAAGGUACGUUAUAUGUCAUCUUAUUAAUGGGCACUAAAUACGGCCCGGUUUUCCUGUGUAUCUCUUCAGCGUAAUACGGCUUUCAGAUACGAGUUCAAACGGACUAGCACGAAAAGGAGUGCUCAAUAAUUUAUUGUACAUUUAUUUCUGUGUAAUCAACAAUUCGUAAGAGAUCUGACAAGGAAAUGGCUGAUCCAGCGGGAAGCGUUAUAAGUCCAACCAUAAAUGACCCGGUAACAAAAGCAGUCGUUGAUAAUAUAAUGGGAAAUUUACCCACAAAGAAGCCACAUGUACGCUGUGAGGAUUGUGAUAUUUCAUUCACAAGUCAAACUGUCUUGGAUGCACAUUUACAAGGUGCUCGUCAUGCAAAACAGAUCAAAAACUAUUAUGGCAACACUCGAGGAAACAAAAGUUGCCUUUACAAAAGAUGAGGAGACGAAUGGGCUUAAGUGUAAUGUUUGUAAUGUUUGCUUGAACUCGAUACAGCAAUUACAAACACAUUUAAAUGGAAAUCGUCACAAGAAAAAAGCCAUGAAAGGUGGCUGGAUCGGCAAGGAUGUUGUUCAACUUGGCACCACGACAACGACUACGACGGCAAGAACACCGUCAUCUACAGGGAAUUUAGACUUGGCCACAUCCACGACGGGAUUCGCGUACUCUUGCGAUAUUUGUAACAAGUUUUUCAACUCCCAGGCGCAAUACGACGUGCACGUAGCUUCGAGAAAGCACAUCGACAAAGCUAAUGGUACGGCUGCCGCUAAGAAUCAAAGGAAGAAAAGAUUCUUUCCUUACUGGAAGAGGACUAAAAUGGAUAGCAGCAAAAUGUCUCACAUACAGUCACUAGCUAGUAAUUUCGUUACUGGUGGUUAUGUGAAUUAUAUGUAGAGAUAGGGUGAUGUUUUUUGCUCUUUUUCUUUAUUCUUAUGAUUCAUCCUUCCUGGGCCAUUUAUCACAGACAUUGAAAAUGCAGAAUAUAAAUUGCUGAGAGAUGGAUACAAUUCUUACGUACUGUGCAAUACAUGUAAUUUUUCAUUGAAAAAAUAUGCACUGUGUAUAUGUAAUAAAAUGUCUGAUAAGAAGAUAA